GACGAGGACGCCACACACGGACACACACGCGCGCGCGCACAUCCAUUGUACUGCUUUUCAAAUCCACCUGCUUCCCAAAAUGCAUUAAAAGUCUUAAAUAGUGACUUUUAGUGUCGGAUUGUACGGCCGCAAAUAUGGUGAAGUGGACAGAAAAAGUCUGAUUUUUUUUUUUUUUUUUACUGGAAAGAAGCACGGGCCACGGGAACAAGUGAUUUCUUCAGGCAGUGUUAAAACAGCGUUGGGUUUCCAUGGCCUCUGCGGGUCUGGAGCUAGUGGGCUUCUUCCUGGGCCUGCUGGGUCUACUGGGCAGCCUGGUGUCCACGGUGCUCCCCUACUGGGAAAAUACGGCGCACAUCGGCUCCAACAUCGUGACUGCGUCGGGCAGCAUGAAGGGCUUGUGGAUGGAGUGUGUCCAUCAGAGCACCGGGGCCUUCCAGUGCGAGACGUACAAUUCCAUCCUGGCCCUGUCCUCUGACCUGCAGGCGUCCCGGGCCCUCAUGGUGGUCUCUCUGGUGUUGUCCACCCUCGGCCUGGCCAUCGCUGUCCUCGGCAUGCAGUGCACUGUCUGCCUGGAGGGUUCAGGGGAGCUCAAGAAACGGGUGGCGGGCGUGGGCGGGUGCUUCUUCCUCACGGCCGGCUUCAUGACGCUGAUACCCGUCUCCUGGACCACCAACAAAGUGAUACAGAACUUCUACAGUCCUAAUGUACCCACCAAUCUCAAGUUUGAGCUGGGCGACUGCCUCUACUUGGGCGUAGUCUCGGCCGUGCUCUCUAUGCUGGGGGGCGGCAUGCUGGCGGUGUCUUUCUGUGAGGGGCACGAAGGUGGAGGACACCGGGGGAGGUGGUAUGGGGGUGGAGGCUACCCGUACCCGGGCGGCGGAGGCGCUGCACCAGUGGUACGGAAUCCCACCAGCCUGCAAAUGGACAGGAGAGGGCACACGUUGAUUCAAAGCGGGAGCGGGAGCUCCGCGGGAGUCCACGUGAAAUCCGUAAAGGCAGGAUAUGAUGUCACAGGAUACGUGUGA